AUCCUGCACGAUAAGGGGGUGGGAGGAGCGGCCUGAAAGGGGUUCCAACCCCAAUGGUACCAGCUUAGCGGCCCUGCCCUGGCCCCAAGCAUUCCACCCUCCAGCCCCCACCUCCUUGUCGGCUGAUUGAUGACUCCAGCUGUCCCAGCGGGAACGCGGGGCGGGUGGCCCCAGUUCAAGGGCGUGGCCACUCCAUCCAUGGCCUGCAGACCCCUGCGGCCUGAGGAGCCUGGCUCCACCUGACCAGCUCUGGAAUUACCAGCAAUCCAUCUUCCUACAGACAAAGGUGGCAUGGCAGCGAGCACGGACAUAGCUGGCCUGGAGGAGAGCUUUCGCAAGUUUGCCAUCCAUGGUGACCCCAAGGCCAGUGGGCAGGAGAUGAAUGGCAAGAACUGGGCCAAGCUGUGCAAGGACUGCAAGGUGGCUGAUGGAAAGACCGUGACAGGGACUGAUGUCGACAUCGUCUUCUCCAAAGUCAAGGGGAAGUCUGCUCGGGUCAUCAACUAUGAGGAGUUCAAAAAGGCCCUGGAAGAGCUGGCAACCAAGCGAUUCAAGGGGAAGAGCAAGGAAGAGGCCUUCGAUGCCAUCUGUCAGCUGGUGGCAGGCAAAGAACCAGCCAAUGUGGGCGUCACUAAAGCAAAAACAGGAGGUGCUGUGGAGCGACUGACUGACACCAGCAAGUAUACCGGUUCUCACAAGGAACGCUUCGAUGAGAGUGGCAAGGGCAAGGGCAUUGCUGGACGGCAGGACAUCCUGGAUGACAGCGGUUAUGUGAGUGCCUAUAAGAACGCAGGCACCUAUGAUGCCAAGGUGAAGAAGUGAGCCAGGGAAGGUCCCCUCCAGCUAGGCUGCCCCUGCCAGAGGCUGAGGCUUAGGCCUGAGGGGCAUGUGAAGCGAGAGCCCAGUCCCCUCCCUGCUGGACCUGCCACCCAGAGCUUCCUGCCCAGACCCUUGGGGCCAGCCCACCAGGCCUCUGACCCAGAUUGCUCUGUGUUCUCUUCCUCCUCUUCUUCCUAGCCUGACUUCUGUCCAUCUGGGGACAGUCUGUACCUAUAGCCUCACUGCCCCAACCUGGCCCUGGGCAUGGCUAACUUGUGCCUGCUUGCCUCAUAUUUAAGCUGCUGUCCUGGCCAAGUGCCUAACUCUUACCUAGACCUCAAUAAAGACAACUUUUGUACCAA